UGAGGCUCAAUCCAGGGUCAGAUUGGAAGAUGAGCCAUUUGCGGCGUGGUUCGCCCUGGCAUUUUAUUUCGAAGCGGCUGAAGCUAGCUGUUCCGCCCACGCCCUCGUCGUCUGGGCAUGUUUGAUGGGGGUUGUCAAUGAUAUGGGCAUGCGCCGCCAUACAUGAAUGGUCCUAGACGCCGUCCAUGACAAAGGGGUUUCACUUAUCUUAUCAUCACUACAGGUAGGAGUUGCGACGCCUUCCGUUCGUGAGACCAAAGCAGCGCCUCCCAUUUCAUGCGACCUCUCCGACCAAUUCUCUCUUUUCCGUCAUCGCGACCCUCGUGCUUUCCUUCGUAGUUCGCCUUGUCCCGAGCACCUGUGAGAGACAACCGGCCUUCAUGAACACCGUUCGCCAAUCCCGCACCGUUCGGUGGAUCUUCGUUUGAACGGACAUGGUCGCAACAACUAGGCGAGUCGCACUGCUGGCGGGCGUGCUCGUGGUCAUCGUUCUUUUCUUUGCGACAAGCUCCCAACACAGUCCCGUCUCGGGCUUCAUCUCGUCUUCCGGUCCGCGCUUCCAUGAAUCUAAACUGUCUCGCCCAGAUGCUGGCUCCGUCGGAAAUACAGCCUGGGCUUUUGACGCAGACCGAGACCGCAACGACCAUUCUCUGACAGGAGAACAAUGUGACGCCGCCUUCCCGGAUCUAUAUCAUGAAAUCUAUCGAUCACAGGCAUACUGGCAGGAGCGGCAAGGAAAGAGGAAGCUCAAUGAUUCGCAAUGGGGAUUGGAAUGGACAACUGGGGCUGGUUUACGAGUGAUGGUAUACGAUGGUCAGCUCCACGUCGUCGAGUCACGCGGUUUGAAUCAUUUCUUGCAUUGGGAGGAGCGCUCCAAGGCCACCCUUGCCAACAUCCAUCGGGCCAUCGUGUCCUCUCGGGAACCAGUGCCAAACAUCGAGUUCAGCAUCAAGAUUGAUGACAACAUCCACCUCGAAGAAGGGACUCCUGAGACCACAACAUGGUGCUUUUCCCGAAACGUGUCCGACUCGUCCAUGGAACAGGUGUGGCUGAUCCCUGAUUUCAACUUUUGGGCAUAUCCCAGGGUUGCGGCAGCUUAUGGCGACUAUCAAAGAGAAGCUAUCCGCGUUGGAGAGGACUACGAUGGAAAGAUACCCAAACUCAUCUGGAGAGGCACCCAGGCUUUCAACCCGGGCAUCCGGCAGGCACUGCUGGACACCAGCGAGAACCAGCCCUGGUCGGCUGUCGCUAUCGUGAAGGAGGAUAGCGACGAUGAAGAGUCGUUACGCAACCGGAUCAAGAUGCCCGAUCAUUGUCGUUACAAGUUUGCUGUGCACACCGAAGGCACAACUUGGUCCGGCCGAUUGAAAUACCUUCUCAGCUGCCACUCUACUGUAAUCAUCCACCCGCUCACUUUCACGACUCACUUGUAUCAUCUGUUGAAGUCGUCUGGACCGAAGCAGAACUAUGUCGAGGCCAAGAUUGACUGGUCCGACCUCCCGGAGAAGAUGGAACAUCUGCUCGCCCACGACGACAUAGCCAAGCAGAUUGCGGACAACUCGAGGGAUGUCUUUCGCGAUCGCUACAUGACACCUGCGGCACAGACCUGUUACUGGCGACGCCUCUUCCAGGUUUGGGCAGAAAUGACGCCGGCGCCUGAUCCAUACGUGCUCUAUCAGGCCCCCGAUGGAAAAUCGGAAAAGGGCUGGCGCGGCAUGACUUACGAGGCAUACAUCUUCCACAAAGCUAGUAUCCCGGAGUAAUCGCCUCGAGGAUCUCAUCUAUCUGCGCUGCGAGCAUCACCUGCCCAGGCCUUGAUUGUACCAAAACACUUCUCGUGCACUUGGGGUCGAUGACGAGGCGCCCCUGGUUUGAGCUGUGAUCCUGCUGUAAUAACUAUUUUGCUCAACAUUAUAGAGAUAGAAGCUGCCUCGAAAUGGCGCUAUGUGGAUUUUGACUCAUGCUUGAACAGUCCCCUUCCGGAAAGCGCACCCAAUCACCCUGUACUGUAAUCAAACCCAGCAUAUACUCAAUUCUUGCGAUCUAUUGCGCGAGAGCAUCUUUCCCGGAAGCACUUUGUAAUCCUAUGACAUGCAUCGGGAGCGAGAUGAAUG